CCUCUUGGUAACCUGUAUAAUAUAUUUCGAGAUAUAAUAAAACAUCAUACAUGAUAUAGUUACUGCACCACAUUAUUAGUUUUAUUAUAGAAAAAAUGGAUGUAUUUCGAUUACUAUCCUUCGGAAUUAUUUAUUGUGUAUUAUCGUGUACAAGUUCAUUAGGAGAUUCCUAUGAUGAAUACUGCAAUCGCAUUUUGGCUCUUUUCCGUUCAUCUAAAAACAUGUCCCUGACAACUUCAAUGGAAAAUCAAGAUUUUUUACAAUUUACUUUAGUAGAAUAUUACAACGCUCAAGAAAAAUGUAAACAAGCUAAAGAAGAUGUAAAACUGAUGGAAAUUGAAGCAAGUUAUGCGGACCAAGCUAUGCAAACAGCUACAAUGGAUGUUAUGGUAGCAAGUACGAGAUUACAAACAGCUCAAGAAGAUGUGUCUUACUCUGCAUCUAUGUUGCACAGUGCUCGACUUCAAUACAUAGAAUACGAUCAAAGGUUAAUGGAUACCAAGAAGAAAGCAGACAUACUCUCUGCCAUGAUGAGAUCGGCUAAAACAGACUUGACGGUUGCACAGCAAUUAACUAAUAAAUCAUAUAGUAGAAUGCCUUCUAAAAACGCACUGCCAAAAAUAAAUGAUAUUGAAUGA